CUCGUCCCAGGCAACAGUGCCCGAGCGAAGCAGUGCGUGCUGGAACGUCGGCGUUCCCACACCAUAUCACCCCCACCCACCCCGAGCAGACACACGGGCCAGUGGACAGACGGACGGGCGGACAGGGCGGACAAGAAACGCGGACCCGUCCGCGAAGUAGUGCGCCCCGUUUCAAGUGAGUGAGUGUGGUGUGCAAGUGGAGCCGCGGACUCCUGAAAAGGCAGCGAAAGUGCAGCAGAGUAAGAAGAAGAAGAAGAAGAAGGGGGCUGAUGCAGCAAGGAUGGGCUGCGCUAGUGCGAUCGCGGCCAGGACGAUCCGGUGUGCCGAGCAAAGAUUGUUUCAAAGCAGUGUGUAGUUGUACAUAAUAUGUGCGUGUGUUAGUGUGUGUGUGUGUGUAUACAUGUGAAACUUUAGCAGUGUGCCACCCAAACCAGCGCCAAAAACGGACCCUUUUUGGACAAACGAAAAGCAACACACACAAAAAAAGCCCACUCGAAACAGAGACGAAACCCAGUGAGACCAAGGUAAACGAAUGUACUGUUAAGGAUUCUCCUUUGUGGCCGCUUCUCUCCAGCAAGUGUAUUUAUGUGUGUGUGCGCGUGUACGUGUGUGUGUGUAUAACGUCCUCUACCGUUUGCCUUGCCUCAGGUUCGGAAGUGAUUCUAGCCGCAGUGAAAGUAGCGUGUGUUUAGCCGUUUGUGCAGGGCCACUAGCAGUAAGGGUUGUGGGUUUGGUGCGCUGCCUGGGGGCCGCUGAGCAGAAGAUGAAGAGAAAAAGUAUAGUGCCGUCCGGUGUGAAGCGCUCCGGCAAGUGAGUUUCGUCCGAGCACACAUCAAUCAACCUCUAUCGCCUCUAUCAAACGAAACCGCGGUGUCCGGCAGCUCCUGAAGCAGUGCAAGACGGCGUCCCGGCAGCAACACUUUCCAUUCCUGAGCAAGGCGCGCGGUACCAGCGACGGGGACCACCAUUCCGGUACCGGCCACCGCCGGUAGCGUUGUGCAGCGACCGACCGCGUUCAGGCACGGGCGGUGCCGGUCGGUGUGGCCAGCCCGGGCCCGACCAGCCGACACGAUAAGCACCGAUAAGCAGCAGUCGGCGGUGCGCAGACGCAGGCGACGCAAGAAAGCGCAAACACCGUAGGCCGAAGGGGGUUUCGGGGCACGCGAUGGGCCACGCACGGUGGCGCUACCGUGCACCGUCAUCGAGCCCCCGCCGGCCCCAGGAAAGGCGACAGGCUCGGCUGAGCGCAACGGUCCGGUUCGGCCCGCUGCCCGAGUAGCGGUGCUGACCCCUCCCCGUGUGCGUGUGUGUGUGGCUGUGUGCUGGUGGCGGAGAUUGUGUUACCACGCUACCCGCAGUACCCGCCUGGGGAGCCUGGGUGACCGACCCCGAGAUCCACCGUGCUGGCCGAGCAGACAAAAGCUUCCACACCUGCUCGAGCUCGAGCGAUCGACGCCAAGCGCGAAAGACAAUGGAGGCGUAACCUAAUCGGGCCAACGAGUGAAAUCGAAAGUGUUUUUCUUUGUGUGUAUGAGUGUGUGUGCGUGUGUGCGGGUGUGUGUGCGCUCGAUGUGCAUUAGUAGUAAGGAACAGCGCCGAACCGGGCCCUCGGUCAUAUCGCCAAAUUGUAUAUGUGAGUGUGUGUAUGUGUGUUAGGUGUGCGUGUGUGUUUGUUCGCGUUUUUAAAUGUCGUUUGCUAUAAGUAACUGUACCAGUAAGACACAGUAAGACACACACUACUGAACCACAGCACACCGCGGCUAGCCCACCACUAGGGCCAAAUAAUCAAAUCACACAAUCACACACAAUAAAUAUAUAAAUAUACAUAUAUACACACACACUCGAACGCAGCCACAAGCGUCACAGGCUACAAGCACACCAAAAGGCUCGUUAGCGCAGCGCCUCUCAGUCAGGCAGCGUGCGCCGAGCAGCAGUUUCGGAUAAAAACGGGUAAAAUUUUGUGUCUCCAGAGCGCCAAGCCGGGCGGGCCGUAGAGUUCGCUUACCUGCAUCCACGUACCACUCCUUCCUACCCGCGAACCUCAGCACGAUCCUCGUGAACUGUUGCUCGCUCCGCAACCGACACCGACGUCAAGCAAUAUAGCCAGCCAGGUGAAACAAAGUAACAAAAUACACUCACACACACGCACGGUCACACACGACGAUCAAACGCAAGCACUCACUCACCUGUCGUGAGUGUUCCAGGCGAAGUCGGUUUGUCGUCUAACGUGUUGCGGAGGUUCGUGUUGUUCUCCGGUGUGCGGUACGUACGCGUGUCAUUCGUAGUGGUACGCGUAUGUGUGUGGGUGUGUGAGCACGCGCGAGUAAAAAAAAAGGUAGAGGAGAGUUCGCUCUAGCUAGGCAAGUGUUUGUGAAUUUUUGUAAGUAAUUGCUGCGACUGCUCGAAUCGAGGGGCCCGAAGCUACCGGAACCUCGCUAAACCCGUCAUGCUAGAGAUAUUCGUGCAACAAUUGCAGCAGCAGCAGCAGUGUGUGUAUUUAGCGUACUCGUUAGGAGUGACACAGUAGAGAAACCAAAGGGGGAAAGACAGCAGACGGAGCGAACAAACGAACGAAUCGAAUCCAAUCGAAUCGUUCAACCGAAUAGAGCGAGCGAAGAGCCGGCAACCCGACACACCGAGCCUUUUGCGACGGGUGCGAAUGAGCGGCGGGCGGAGGGCACCGUAGCGAUUAUGGAUUUCGUCUCGUCGCCGCCGGGCAACAUCACGCAGGAGGACUUCCUCGCGAUCGUGGGAGCAAACGGCACUGUCGGCGGUGGCCCAACCAUGUUUAACGAUUCCCUGGCGGCGGCGGCGGCGGCUGCGGCAGCUGCCGCAGCAGCAGCCGGUGGUGUGGCCGGGCCGGGCGGUACCGCCGCCGGUGUCGGGCCGGGCGAGAACCUCACCAUCCUACACGGUGCGUACCCGAGCGGGUACACGCUGCCCCACAUCAUCAUCGCCUCAAUCAUCGUGACAAUACUUAUGAUCGUCAUCGUCGUCGGCAACAUGCUCGUCAUCAUUGCGAUCGCGACCGAGAAGACGCUGAAAAACAUCCAGAACUGGUUCAUCGCGUCGCUCGCGGUCGCCGACUUCUUUCUCGGUCUGGUGAUCAUGCCGUUCUCGCUCGCGAACGAGCUGAUGGGGUACUGGAUCUUUGGCAACUGGUGGUGCGACGUCCACUCCGCGAUGGACGUGCUGCUGUGCACCUCCUCCAUCAUGAACCUGUGCCUGAUCUCGCUCGACCGGUACUGGAGCAUCACCAAGGCGAUCGAGUAUCUCAAGUCGCGGACGCCGGCCCGGGCCGCGUUCAUGAUUGCCGCCGUCUGGAUCAUGUCCGCGCUCGUCUGCAUACCGCCGCUGCUCGGGUGGAAGGCACAGCGGCCGGAAGGGCACGUGGAGCUGCCCCAGUGUCAGCUGAGCCAAGACAUCGGGUACGUGCUGUACUCGGCGCUCGGAUCGUUCUACAUUCCGAGCUGCAUCAUGGUAUUCGUCUACAUCCGGAUCUACUUUGCGGCGAAGGCCCGGGCCCGGCGCGGUAUACGCAAGAAGCCGCUCAAGCCACCGAGCGAACAGGACACGAGUUUUACGCGAAAUGCCGGUACCGUGCCGAUGCCCUCGCUACCCAGUGCCUCUAGCAAUAACAAUCAGUCGGCGGCGGCGGCGGCCCACCAUCAGCAGCACCCGGUGCAGCUUGCCGGCGGGGCGCAGGGCGGUGGCAGCACGCAGAUCGCCACGAUCGAGCCGCCGCCGCGCGGCACCCCGAUGCCGAUCCCGGUCGUGACGUGCGAUUUCGCGUCGGACAUGUCGACGAGCGAGGCGGCCACGGCCGAGCAGGACCAGCACGGCCCAAUCUCGCCGGUCGCGCUCGAGCCGAAGGACACGCUCAAGGUGACGCAGCCGGCGCAGCAGGGCCGGAGCACGAACGGCAUCACGGCGGCGGCCACCGAACCGGUCGCCUCCCCGUCGUCGGCCGCUGCCCGCAGCCGGGCGCUGUCGGUCGGCAUCGACACCGACAUGGUGAGCGAGUUCGACCCGUCCAGCUCGGACUCGGGCGUGAUCAGCCGCUGCGCGGUGGUGAAGCCGCUCAAGUUUCGCCUCUGCCAGCCCAUCUUCGGCAAGGGCAAGGCGAAGGCGCGGCAGGCGAACGCGAAGGCCGCCGGGCACGGCGGGGCGCACGCGGGUCGGGGCAACGCGCCCAACUGCACGCAGCCGAUGCUGGCGGCGCCGGGCGGCCAGCAGGCGAUCUCGCAGCUGAUCGCGGCCAAGCAAACGGACAGCGCGUGCAGCGAGCUGGAGCCGGCCCUGCCCCCGAAGCCGAAGCCGCGCGACCCGGAAAAGGAGAAGCGCCGGAUCGCGCGCAAGAAGGAGAAGCGGGCGACGCUCAUACUCGGCCUGAUCAUGGGCAGCUUCAUCGCCUGCUGGCUGCCGUUCUUCUUCCUCUACAUCCUGGUGCCGGUCUGCCCGGACUGCCACAUCCCGGACAGCGCGUUCUCGCUCGCGUUCUGGCUCGGCUACAUGAACUCCGCGCUCAAUCCGGCCAUCUACACCAUCUUCAACAAGGACUUUCGGCGCGCGUUCCGGCGCAUCCUGUUCAAGUGAUGUUUAGCGUACGUGUGCUGCUAUCGCUGCGUCUCCCGUAGCAUCGAGAAGGCUACGGAGCGGGCCAUUGGCGGCGCACAGCUCGGCGGCGGCUACCGGACCGGCGGCUACCUGCGAUGAUAAUACGCGCCGCUAGGUGGCGCACCCGCACCGCUGUUCCUACUACCAUCACCACCAUCGUCAUCACCGCCACCACCGCGAGCGUACCGCGCGCCGGCCGGCACAAUCCUGCUGCUCGUCUUGGUGGCCGCCGUCGCCACCCUCGAGCCGUGCUGGUGGAGGCCGUGGAUGGUGCCGCGGGGGAUACCAGCGCUCGAACGGUAUGCAAUGCCGCCCAUCUUUCGGUAACACCAAUGCGAACAAGAAGAGAGCAAUAGAUGUAGAGAGAGAGCGAGAGAGAGAUGAACACGAAAGAUUAAAAUGUAAAGCAAAAAAAUAACACAAAAACACUCACACACAUAUUUACUACAUCUUCGAGUCAUCUUUGUACACUCUCACAAAACACACAUACAUGCAGCAUUGUGUGUAUAGCUGUGUGCGUAUCAGAAUGAUUUGGGUGUAGUGUUUAGCAGUACUUUUCCCCACCAAUUACUCUCCCACCAAGCGUAAAACAUGGCAAAACGGACGUGUGAGUAUAGUGAAACGAGAAAAAAAAAGUCGGAGAAGCAAACUACGAAAUUACUAAUACUGCGGCAGAGGGAGACGAGGCGAACAAACAGCGGAUGAGCAAAGGGACGACACAGAGAAGCUAUCCGGCAAUACUUAAACAAUUAGCCGUAGUGUGCGUAACGUACUACCACUAUAUAUCUAACUAAAAAAUGCAAGGGACGGACACCUAACAAGUAAAGGAAGAUCGAGUAACGGGCAGCACGGCUAAGGGAAAAGCAAGCCAAAUCGACCCCCAAAGCAGGUGGUACUAUGAAUAGGCGCAACUUAAAUAGCGUUAAGACAGUGGGUUUCUGCACAGCAUAACACAGCGGGGAGGGGACACAAGCGCAAAGCGAGAUACACAAUGCACCACCACCUUCCUUCCCGGACACAACCGACACGUGUACAUAGGCGGGAUAGAAAAGAGCGAGCCGAACAAAAACCCAGGAAUUCGGGAAUCAAAAAUCAAACCUCUUCACUCGUUGUGGCGCUCGAGCAGCUGUGGUGAUUAGUGGUCCACUGGUGACUAGUGGGUCUGGGACUUAGCUAACUAAUUUCAAACUAAUAAUUAUCAACACGUGCGCGCAGCGUGAAUAGUAUGGGUGAUACGAAACCGCUGAAAUUGCGCCGCGUAGAAAUAUUUAGCAAAAGAAAAACAAAACCCCUCACAUAGAGCGAUGCAUUCGCCGGCUGCACCAUUUGCAUUCAGAUUCGGGGGGAAAGUUGGGCGAGCGACACCCGGGAUGGGCAGGCAAAUUGGAUCCAUGUUGUCCUCGGGGCAGGCACUGGUUUUAACCACCGUCAAACAAACUCUAUUAGUUUAUUUGUGUUUAUGUCACUGUGUUUUGUUCUUUUUAGAACCGAACCGAAACCCGGAAGCAAUGGAAAUGUAAUGAAAAUUGCAAAAACAUUUAUAAAAAAACAAACCUGUUGCUCGCAAAUUUUAACUAUGGACUCUAAAUCGCUCCCGCCCAAUGCGGUGCGUGCGAAUCCAAUUUAUUGCUCGACGAUUUCAUUUUGCGGAAAAAAUGUUGCCACCAUUGCCGCCGCCACCACCUCCGCCACCAAUCGAGCUGGAUGCAUUUGGGGAAAGCUGCGCGAAGCUGUGCAGCGCAAGGGGGACGAAUGUACUAAAGGAAGGUGAAAAGAGGAAGCAACAACAAACAAACAAAAAACUUGUAAAAAUCAAUGACUAAUAGUUGGUAAAUACCGGUAUUAAAAGGGGGGGUUGGGGGAGCGGAGAUAGCACCUGCGGUGGCGGGGACCGCUUACGGGCCCCGCCGCCGCGUCCAAGUGCGCGGCUGCCAACCCCCGCCGAUCGAACGUGAUGCGUCCGAUCGCUGUUUUUUUGUACAUAGCGGAAGCGGCCAGACAGAUUGAGGGAAACACACACACACACCACACACACACACACACACACACACACACACACACACACACACACACACACACACACACACACACACACACACACACACACACAGAGCAACCCAGGUAGAGGACAAGAAAGAUGCACAUACAAACACACUCACACACACACACACACAUGCCCACACAUGCGUACAGUAAAGCGAGUAGGACAGUGCGUGCGUGGUCGUUUCUCGAGGGUAAACGAUGUUGCGUUAAGUUGUUUUAUAAAAACAAACACGCCACGUGUGUCCUUGCCUGAGACGAUUCCAGUGCGCGACCAUGGAAGGGAAGGAAAGAGAGCCGGAAGAGUUCGGGGUUUGUUUUGGGGUGCGGAGGACUGGCGAGGAUUGAGGGAGGCAGAGAGCGUGGCAAAGGCACGAAACUGAUCCACUCUCACCCACAAGCAAUAACACUGUACCGGAGUACGGUCUCUUUACUGAUGCUUCCUUCUCAACCCGCCAUCCCCUUGUCCACCACCAUUCACCCCACUCAUGAGGCGAUUGUUUUGUUUUUUUUUUCUCUCUGUAAAUACACACUCUCAUAAACUUCAAGCUUCGUGCCCCAGUCAACAGACGGCGGAUGCGCUAACCGCAAGGCGCAUGCUUGCAACGUUCAGGCUUAUUAUCGAUUUUAGUCGAGUCGAGAAAUUUGAAUCGAUUGCUCUUUAAAAUUUGCUUAUUGUUUUAGCAGUCUAGGUACGGGGAAAUCAAUCGAUCAAUUGGAGUAGGCGUCAAAUUGCCAGACCAACCCUCGGAGAUGACUUUUAAAUACGCUCACAAAAUCAGAAUUGUAGCCUAGAAAUAAGGAAUCUCCUUAUGAAUAUUGAAAUGAAAUGAUUUCUUCUAAUCUAACCUCUCAUCUAAACAUUGCGAGGGUUUCGAGUAGUAUCUUCUGUAAAUUUCAAAUAAUGGGCCCCUUUCCGUUUUAAGUUGAAAUUUCAGACUGUAAGCUGUUGGCAUUGUAUAGCAGUUUUCGAGCAGUUGCCUAAGUGGUUAUAAUAUACAGGUGGGCUUAUCCCAAGGUGUAUGAA